AUGGAUGCUGCUGUUUUGGAAUCAAUAGGACUUUUAAAAGAAGUUGUGAAUAAUGAUACUUCAAAAGACAUGAUUAGCUUCUUACGGGAAGAAAUGGAUAAAUCUCGGGAACACGAGUUGAAACUAAUUCAGAUGUUGAGUUCUGGAGGAAGUGCUACUCAACAACAACAACAACAACAGCAACAGCAUGCCUUUCAAUCAAUGCCUAAUUCUGGGAAUACACAAUAUAAUGAAAAUGGGUCAAUUGCAAACUACAGUCAAAACUGGCAUGGAAGUGGAACAUUUGCCCAUAACAUGUUAAGUCAACCAGAAAUGCCUCGUGCAUCAUUUGGUCCAUCCACUCCUUCAUCUAACAUGCCAUCAACUUCAGCUCAAAACUUUUGUGAUGGAAAAGUAUACCAUAAAUUGUAA